GGUGUGGCUGGGUUUUGCAAAAAUGGCGAGUCUCUUAGAAGCAAAUUCUGUUUUAUCUGGUCUGCUGGCAUCCCUUGCUUCUGUUGUUAGUAAAAUUGGACUGGAAGAAGGAAAUGCAACUCUGAAACUGUUGUUGUGCUUAUCAAAUGAUAAAUGUACAGAAAAUCAGGAGUUACUACUAAAGGUACUACAGUUGCUCUGCCUGAUGUUGGUGGGUGUAUGCAAUGUCAUUAUGUUUGUGUUAUUUGCAAGAGCACUACAGAAACACUCCAGCACUGCACAGGCCACUGUUACUGUCAGCACUUGCAACUUCAUUUUCUCUAGUGUGUUUGGAUGGGCAUUGUUUGGAGAAGCACUGAACCUCAUGUGGUGGUGUGGGUUUUCACUGAUUGUAUUAGGAUUUGUGUUAAUAAUUUAUGGACAAAAUAAUGAUAAGAACAAGACUUUAUAACAUUAGUUUAUUUAUUCAUUUUUACUGCAUGUUUUAUUGACAAUGAUCUAUAUUUGAUUGUUUACCUAA